UAAUAAGUUAGGUUGCAGUCAUUAAAGGCAGCAAACCUUCUAGAAAGGCGAAAACGUUUCUCUUUGAUCUCUGCUGUUCUUACAUUUAGUAUAAAUGCAUUUUCUCGUUUUCUCUCAUUAAGUACUUUUUUUAUUUUUUGUUUUUCCUUAUUUUUCUUUAUUAGCUUUGGUUCGUGUAGUGGGACGUUUCUGUUCUGUUAUCAGUCGUGCCUCGCUCUCCACUCCUUCCCUGCUUCCUCCCUUCCCAGCCGCUCACUCUCGUGCUGCUCCCUAUCACUGCCUCUUAUUAUCUCGUCGUCUUUCCUCUUUCCUUCCUGGUUCUUUUUAUUCUUUUCAUUCUCUUUUUUCCUCAAACACAGACGCCCCGGCAGAACCCCAGGAGGAGAAGGAGGAGAUGAAGAUUGAGGGCGUGCAUGUGCGUGCCUGCGUGCGUGCGUGUCAACAAGGCGGCGGCCGCAGCCUCCGCCAGCAACAGUCUGCGUCGGGUCGUGGUGCAGGGUAGAGCUGUGUCACGCUCAUCCCCGCCGCCGCCUGCCUGCCGCCGCCACUGCUAGGCGGACGCGCUGACAAGUGCUCGAGUGGCGACGCAGAUUACCGCGACAUCACAAGGCAGACCUCAGACGCAACAAAGCGAUUCAGCUGUGAGUGACAGAGGCCCGCUGCUUGCCGCCUUAACCACCACCACCACCACCACCACCAUCACCACCAUCACCACCAUCAUCGGCACCAAACAACAACAACAACAACAACAACAACAAGAGCUUCAGGAACGCACACCUCUGCGGGGCCCCGCUAAGAUGACCUCUCUACGGGGAAUGCUGCUGGCGACCCUCUUCUCCCUGGCGUUGCUGGAGACUCACUUAACUGUUGCCGCCCCGACGCCAGACGCCAGCCUGGAUCACAGCGUGUCAUCGGCGUCAUCUGGAGCACACACCACCACCACCAGUUCCAUUACCACUCACCGCUCCACCUCCCACCCCAUCUGGCAUCUCCUCCUGGCUCUGUGGCGCCCCAAGGAUGCCACCACUGCCUCCUCAGCAUCCGCCACAGAGACGUACGCCCACGAGUAUGCUUUCACAAGGGACGGGCAUCAUGCUGUGCCUCUCCCUUCAGCGGCGCGACAGAUACAGUUACCGCAGAAGGAUGGAACCAACAGUGACCCUGGAAGUAGCAGCGACUCCGACACACACACUGACCCAUCCGUCAUCGUCACAAGCACACCAGAACACUCCAUCCCAGACACACAACCAUCUGAAACCCAGCAACACCCAGAUCCCGACACUCCUCAUCACCCAACCUUGAACAAGCAGAAGACGCAACACUCUGAUGCUAACACACAGCAACACCCAGACACUCCACAACACCCAACACUCAACACCAAGCAAAAGACGGGUCCGAAAACUACACAACACCCUGAUCUCAACACCCAAAAACACACAGAUUCCAACACCCAGCAACACCCAGCUGAAGACACCGAGGUACUUGACGGAGAACGCGAUAUCUUGCAACACUUGAACUCCGAAACACAGCAGCACCCGGACCACGACACUCCUCAACAUCCCACCAGAAAAAAUCAGCAACACCAAGCAUCCAACACCACACAACUCACGGAUUCUGACUCUCUUCCGCAAGACUCGAACCGCAACAACCAGCAACACUUGGAACCUGAGCAGCAACAUCCCGACCAUGACACACUGCAACACCAGGCCCAAGACACCCAGCAACACCCAGAUCCUGACACACCGCAACACCCAAUGCACAACACACAGCAAAAGACGAUCCCCAGUGCUCCUCAACACCCAAAUCCCGAUACCCAGCAACACUCAGCUUCCGAAAUUCAGGAACACUUAGAUCCUGACACUCCCGAACACCCAAAUCGCAAAACUCAGCAAGUUUCAGUCGACACCGAGCAACACUCAGAUUCCGAUGCACUUAAAUACUCAGCUGGAAUGUCACAAGAAUACACAACACCGGAGAGCCAGCAACACACAUCACCUGCUACACAACAACACUCAGCCCCAGAUACACCUCAUCAUCCAAAACUCAUCACCCAGGAAAAGCCAAACCAGCAACACCCAGCCUCUGACACACACACGCCACGCCCAACACAAGAUGCCCAGGAGAACCCAACCAUCGUCGGAGAGCAACAUCCGGAGUCCUCCGUCCCUCGCCACCCAACGCGCAACACGGAACAAAAGCAACACACAGCACAAAACACUAAAGACAAUGCCGCCCCCCCUUACUCUUCCAUCUCCCUCCUGCACCCGCCACACGCCCAGUACCACCCUACCCCACACACAGAGCAAACCCCGACCACACAUACCGAGCACCGCCCAACCGCACAUCCGGAGCACCGCCCAGUCCUGCACAUCCAGCCACACCCGACGUCACAGACACAGCACCACCCAACCCUGACGCCGCAGCUCCUGCCCGGCACCCCUUGGCGGCUGCCCCACUCCGACGUGAGCCUCAAUCUUCAGGAAGAGGGAGAGGAUUCCUCUUCUCAUGAUUUUUCUGACAAGAAGACUCCAGCAGCAUCUGAAAACUUUCCUCUCGAUACUGUCCAUGGAGAGACUCUGGGCGGCAGAGAGCACAACGAGUCAUCACAUCCCGCCGUGAUGGGGAGUCACGGGGCGUACCCGGCGGCGGAGCGAAGUCCGCAUGAACAGGACAGCCCACCUGUUGAGCCAAAACUGGACGACCACUUCUUCCUACACCCGAUGCCUCACUAUCGUGAUGUCUCGUUCACCAGUCCCCCCAUAGGGCAUCCUGAUGCCAUGGACACCACCACCAGCAGCAGUCCAUUAAGUGUCGAAGUGGGGCAGGACCUCUCCACUACAAACAGUAAUUCCCCCCAUGCUGCGACUGAGGCGCAGGAGACGGAGGAAGAUCAGGCCAGAGAGGAGCUUCCUCUUCACAUUGAGGAAAACCUAGACCAGGAUGCGUCAGCUUUUCACAGCAGGCGCGGAAAGAAGGUGCUGCAGCUUCAGGGACCAGUGGUAAUGGAGUCCAUCGAUUAUUCAUCCCUGGUUCCACUCGUGGGGCAGUCAAGAGAAAUGUUGACCUUGAGGGACAACGAGACCACUGUCCUCGCAAUGCUGAAAGUCGCACAGACCUCGGGAGGCUCCAGGGACACACUCCAGGCCAAUGCGAUGAUUCAGCCCGAGGACCUCGGCGGUGCGGGUGACGGCCGCUACACUGAAGUGUCUCACCGAGACGGCCUCCCCAGCCUCGAGGCGGGUGUUGCAGGAACCACCACCGCCAAGCUGGUCCAGACGGAAAGCGGCGGUCGUGACAUGAAGGCGGUGUUGAUCAAGAAAGACUCAAAGUCGCUGGACAUCAGGAAGGCAGUGAACGCUAUCGACACCACAGCGGAUAAAAAUCAAGUUGACGUUACACAUGGACAAGACCCGACCAACGUUCUCUCCACGACGAAGCCAAUAUACGAGGAAAUCUCAGGUGCGCUGAAAGUGGACACUAGUAUUGAUGACGUGGAGGACUUUGACGUGCAGAUCAAACACACCGAGCAUUCCGACGACUUCCUCCCGCCGGCCAACACGUCGCACAUCAACCUCAUCGACGUGUCCCUUCACUCACAGAACCCCAGCGACCUUCCUGACACAAACGAGUCCUCUCUUCCCUCCACCCUUACCCCCUCUUCCCUUACCGACACCCAGACUUCCCAGACCCCUACUCCGCAGACCUUCUCCAACUACCCCAGCCACUACCCACCCAAGUUCACCAUCAGUCAGGAGACAGACGCCACCACGGUGGCGGCGGGCGACGGGGGCGACAGCUGGUCCCCGUUCGUUGCCAACUUCUCUAGCCUAGACAACACGACACUAAGCCUGAACGCGUCUCUCAUCCAGAGGAGCCACGUGCUGAGUCUUGAAGAGCACUACAAGAUGGUGCUACGCGAAAGAGGGAGUCUAAUGCUGCAACUGAUGGACCCGUCUGCUGAUCCUUGCGAGGACUUCUACCAGUUCGCCUGCGGGAGGUGGAAUGGAAAGUUCCCAAUCAGACAAGACAAGGCCGUGGACAACACCUUCGAGCGCCUGAAGGAGGACCUGGACGACGUGUUGCGCUCCCUGCUGGAGGAGGAGCCUUUACCCUCCGACAACAACAUCACCGUCACCGUCAAGACUCUGUACGCCGGUUGCAUGAACACUGAAGCCAUCGAGGCCAUGGGAGCCGAGCCGCUGCUGGCGCUACUGCGGGAACUGGGUGGCUGGCCUGUGCUGGAAGGGGACGCCUGGAACAACACCGACUACGACUGGGUGCGGCAGAUGGCUCGCCUCAGGAACUACAACAAUGACAUCCUUAUCUCGGAGUGGGUAGCGGCUGACAUCACCAACUCCUCCAACCAUAUCAUUCAGUUGGAUCAGCCGGAGCUAGGUCUGCCAGGGCGGGAGUACUUCAUCAACCCCGGAGACUACCAGUACCGUGAAGCCUACCUGGACCUCAUGCUUAACGUGGCACAGAUGCUGGGCGCGCCUCUUCCCGUGGCUCUCAAGGACAUGACGGAGGUUCUGCACUUCGAGACGCAUUUGUCAAGGAUUCUGACGCCAGCCGAGGAGAGGAGGAACCUGUCAGCCGUGCAUCGCCGCCUCACCGUGGACCAGCUUAGCGAGGAGGUGCCCGAGAUCGACUGGGCCCAAUACCUGGACAUCAUCACUUGGCAUAACAACCACUCGGGCGAGGUGGUAGUCUUCGGCCUCGACUACUUCAAGAAGCUUGUCUCCUCGCUCGAGUACACGGACGACAGGACCGUGAGUAACUAUCUGCUCUGGCGCUUCGUUAAGAACAGGAUCAGCAACCUCGGGGAGCGGUACACGAAAGUGAAGCAGGACUACAUCAAGGUGCUCUUCGGUAGACAAAGCCAGCCCGAGCGGUGGCGGUCGUGCGUGACAUACGUGAGCGGCAACCUGGGCUACGUGGUGGGCGCAAUGUUCGUCAAGAGAUACUUCCCGGAGGCCAGCAAGAAUGACACCGACGAGAUGAUUGGGCUCAUAAGGGAGUCGUUCGGGUCGGCGCUUCAGGCUGCCCACUGGAUGAACGAGGAGACGAGGCAGGUGGCGCAGGAGAAGGUGAACACGAUAGUCAAGAACGUAGGCUAUCCGGAAUACCUGCUCAACGACACCUACAUGGAUCAGGUGUACAGUGAGCUGAGCUUCAACCGGGAGACGCACUUCGAGAACGUGCUCAAGAUGCUGCAGUUCCACGCCCGCACCAACCACGACCUGCUGUCCGUGCCCGUGAACCGCACCGCCUGGGUCACCUCCCCAGCAGUCGUCAACGCCUACUACAGCAGAUCCAAGAACAUGAUCGUGUUCCCAGCCGGCAUCCUGCAGCCGCCUUUCUACCACCCGGCCUUCCCGCGCUCCCUUAACUAUGGCGGCAUCGGGGUGGUCAUCGGGCACGAGAUAACUCACGGCUUCGAUGACCGCGGCCGCCAGUUUGACAAGAACGGCAACCUGCAGCAGUGGUGGACCCCGAGUGACGUGUCUCAGUUCUACCAGCGCGCCUCCUGCAUGCUAGACCAAUACGGGGAGUACGAGGUGGACGAGGUGGGGCUCAAGAUCAACCCUGUGAACACCCUUGGAGAGAACAUCGCUGACAACGCUGGCAUCAAGAUCUCCUACCAGGCAUACCAAAACUGGAGAAAGAACAACGAGGAGACGGUGACUCUGCCCUUCGUCAACCUCACCCAUGACCAGCUCUUCUUCCUCAACUUCGGACAAAUCUGGUGCGAGAUCAACAGCCCUGAGGCGAUGCUGACCAAGAUUCGCAGCGGCCAACACUCCCCCAAUAGAUUCAGGGUGAUCGGCACGUUGUCAAAUUCCGAAGAGUUCAGCGAAGCCUUCAGCUGUCCGCUGGGGAGCGCCAUGAACCCUGAGAGGAAGUGUCGCGUAUGGUGAGGUCCCCACGGAGGAGCCACCACCACGCCGCCCGGACUCCAGGCGCUCCAUACGCCGCGUGAGGGAACCUGGGAGAGGCAGCGCCUUCCCCCACGUCCCCUCACACCCAGAUGGCAGCCGAGCGGGGAGGGCGCGAGGGAGGAUCAGAGGAGAAGAGAGAGAGACAUCCAACUACAAGGAUGAAAACAACGAAGACAUUACUAGCCGAUGUAGUUGCUCGAUCCCUAGUUCUCUCACUGCCACACUGAUGAAGACCAAAGAAAAGUGUGUGUGUGUGUGUGUGUGUGUGUGUGUGUGUGUGUGUGUGUGUGUUUGUCGUGCUCAGGUUGCGACAGUGAUGUGUUGCCGGGAAGAGCACAGGAACAGUGGACUCAGUAAGACAACGGGAAGCAAGAACAUUCCGCCGGGUGGAUGCAGUGUUCCGAGAGCUGCACAACUCAAUAGCUCCCGCCCUCGUCACCGCCGGCUUGGGCACCACGCGGGCGGAGACGCAGUGACGGGGCUUGAGAGGCUGAAGAGGAGAGAAUCAGUAGCGGUCGGGCCGUAAAGGGCGUGAGUAUGCCUGACGAGCCGUGACAGGGAAACCGGUGCUGAAGGUGGUGGUGUCUGCAGUGGUGAUGGUAGUAGGCAGGGAUGGAAUUGGUAGUUGCUGUGGUUUUGGUGGAGGUAGUUUUGGUAAUUGUGGUUGUGGUGGUAAUGGCAGUCUAGCCAGCCUCCCUUUCUCUCCCUCCUGCCCCACCUCGCCCUGCCCAGCCGGUCCUCCCUCCCCGCCCUCUCCCAAUCUACGUAACUACAGUACGAGUAUUUAACCAAGUGAAUUGUCGUUUGUAAAAUAAUGACGACUAACUACUCUAAUACCAUUCCACCCCCUCUUCCCUCUCCUCUCUCCCCAUACCCUUCAACCGUCGCCUCCACCCCUUCCCUCCCGUCAUCCCGUCCCUCCCACCUUCUCCCCGCCAAUCAUCUCGCCCUCAGCCGGCCGCCCCCUCACCCACCUGUCCGGUAUUAAUAAUAAUAAUAGUAAUAAUAAUAAUAAUAUUGUACAUUCAUCCUGUUGGUGUUAAAUAGUGAAGAUUUAUAAAACUAUCAGAGCAUUUAAAGUAUAUAGUUAAAUGUUAUACUAGACGUAGGUGUGAGAGAGAGAGAGAGAGAGAGAGAGAGAGAGAGAAUGAUGAUGAAUGUGCGUGCUGUGAUAGUGAAAGUUGCGAAGUCUUUGUUCUGCUCAAGAUUUACAUAUAAAAAUAAAAAAUAACAACAACAACAAUAAUAAUAAUAAUAAAAUAAAUAAUAAUAACAAUAGUCAGUCCAUGUACAUCUUAAGUCAAUCAAUCACGUGGAGCUUCGAACCUCACCUUCCCCUGACCCCAUAUCCGUGUCCGUCUGUGCGCGGAGUGUACAUUUUCCCUCCCCGUGUAUGUGUGAGUGUGCGUCAGGAUUAUAUGAUAUUUAUUUGUGUCCGUGUGGGCGAGAGCAACAGGCGCCGCAGCCUGUGGUGAUAUCAGGUUCAGUAGGACAGGACAAGAAGUAGCAAGUUCCAGUUUGAUAAUGUUAGAUCUAAAAGAGAUGAGAAAAAAAGAAAAGACAUUAGAAUAAAAUAUGAAAUGAGGGUGUCAAGAUUGAUAAAGUGAUAUUUAUACUAGAGAUGGGAAGAAACAGUAGGAUAAAUACAAAAAUGUGUUCAGGUAUGAUAAAGUUCGAUGUAAACAAGAGAUGGGAAGAAACAGUAGGACUGAAGACAAAAUAACGGGUUGAAGCUUGACAGUGUUCGAUUUAAAAGAGGGAGAAACUUGAGUGGUGGAUGAGCGGAAAAAGACUCAGUAGUCAGGUUGGUAGUGCUGAGUCAAUGGGGAGCUUGAAAAGAUAAGACAGAUCUAUGGAUGGUGACGAUAGGUGAAAAUAGGUAGGCAUGUUUUAUACAGGGACCUCCGAGCAGUUUAUCACGUCUUGUAUCCUUGUAGCAGAAUCCCACGUUCACUUCCAUUGUAACGUUUCCUUCAAUCUUAAAUCCUCGGAUCUAAUGCCAAACUUCUUACAAAAUCUCUCAGUUGAUAUUCUUUAGCAGAUCAAAGGACUUGGCCUUUCAGUAUCACAUCAUGUUAGUCAUAUUCUGAAUACCUUUUCAGAAUUUUAAGUUAAGGUUGAUAUUUUCACAAUUUUGCGUUUAAAAUCAUAAUUACUCAUCCAUCACAUCUGCAUAUCAUUGACUGUCGUGACUAAACAAUUAGCAGCUUCAUGAGCUCAAAAGUUAUGUGUAGUACUUAAUGGGUUAAGACAAAGAAAUGGAACUAAUUACGGAGAGUGACAUAAGACAGAGCAGACUGCGUUGAAAGCUAAUAAAUGAGAACUUAAAGUGCUCCUUUCCUUGCUGUGGUACUGUUACCUGAUUAUUAAUGUGAUAUUAAGUACAGGAGCCUAAACUAACCUAUUGCUGUGGAAUAACGGACAGCAAUCCAACCCCAUCUCUUGAGUGGCCUCAGUACCACAGGCUUCCGCGCCCUGUUUUCUCUUUCCACACUACGCGGACUUGAGAUCUCGAGUGCUCGUCCAUACGUAACCCGCUCAGUCUUGCCCCACCCCGCCACACCUUUUCACGUUAUGCUCCCGCGUCCCUGUGUACUCUCCCUGCUCCCAGAACACCGCCCUGCCCUCUUGUCCACCAACGCAAUAAUUUCCACGGCAACGGUCAUCAAGUGUAGAUAUUUCUUAUGUCAGUGUUGUUGGAAUGCGGGAGGAGAGUGUGUGUAGAAGUGUUUCCCCAGGAGUGUGUGUAGAGAACGUGUUUCCUAGAAUGGUUUAAGGCAAGUGUUCCCUAGAAGGAUUUAGGGGGAUGUGCUCCCUAGAAGGGUUUUAGGGGAUGUGUAUUCCCCACAAUAAACUAACUCUUAA